AUGACGCGGAGCCACUCUUCCAACCCAAUCCCCAAUACCCCAAUCAUCAGCCAUGACGGAGGCGGCGGCCAGCAACAAAAGGCCGCCCAUUCACCCUUGGCCAUCGUCGGGUACGCCUACCGGGCUCCCGUCGUCGGGCGAUCCGGCCUGUGGGAUCUCCUGGCCGAGGCGAGGUGCGCAUCGUCUCGGGUGCCAUCCUCCCGCUUCAACCACGACGCAUACUACUGCCCGGACCACGAGAAGCCGGGCUACAUCCACGCCCGGGGCGGCCACUUCAUGCCGGACGACAUCCACGCGUUCGACGCCGGCUUCUUCAACGUCCGGCGGGACGAGGCCAAGGCCAUGGACCCGCAGCAGCGCAUCACCGCCGAGUGCGCCUUCGAAGCCUUGGAGAGCGCCGGGUGGACGCUCCGGGACGUCGCCGGGCGCAACGUGGCCGUCUUCGCGGCGCACCAGGGGUCGACGUACGCCGGCCACGCGGCCGAGGACCUCCUGACCACGAGCACGUACAGCGCGAGCGGCACCGCCGGGUGCAUGCUCGCGAACCGCAUCUCGUACCUCUUCGACCUGCGCGGGCCAAGCGCCGCCGUCGACACGGCCUGCGCCAGCAGCUCGUACGCCUUCCACCUGGCGUGCCAGAGCGUCCGGCUCGGCGAGUGCGAGGCCGCCCUGGUAUCGGCGGCGAACCUCCUGAAUGGGCCCGAGCUAUGGUCCAUGCUCGACACCGUCGGCGUGCUGUCGCCCGAGGGGAAGUGCUUUUCCUACGACCACCGGGCCUCCGGGUUCGGACGGGGCGAAGGCAGUGCCUGUCUUGUGGUGAAGCCGUUGGCUGCGGCGUUGGCCGAUGGCGACACCGUACGCGCCGUCAUCCGCAACACCGCAGCGAGCCAUUCAGGCCGGAUAACCGGUGGCAUUACGAUGCCAUCUCAAGAAGCCCAGGAGGCCUUGGCCAGGCGCGUCCACGGAGAAGUCGGGCUGGAUCCCAAGGACACCGGAUUCGUUGAGGGACACGGCACGGGCACCGCGGUUGGCGAUCCCAUUGACGCGGCCGCCAUCGCUUCGGUGUACGCGAGUCCACGAUCGACAUCCGACCCGGUCUAUCUUGGUUCCGUCAAGUCGAAUAUAGGACAUCUCGAAGGCGCCAGUGGCCUCCUCUCACUCAUCAAGGCGACGAUGAUGCUCGAGCGAGGGGUCAUGCUCCCCAACGCCAACUUUGAAAAGCUUAACCCCGAUAUCCUGGAAGCCAGUGGUUCCGACAGACUACGGGUGCUGAAAGAGGCGAUGCCGUGGCCCGAGUCGUCUCCGUCUCCCAGGCGGGUAUGUGUGACCAACUACGGACUCGGCGGAGCCAACUCGGCCAUAUUGCUGGAACAAGCCCCUGAGAGUAACAACGACCGUCCCAACAACAGCCAAGUGAACGAUGAUGGCCUCGGCCAGCCGGACGAGACACCUCGGGUCUUUGCCCUCUCUGCUGGGUCGAGGUCGAGCCUGAGCGCUUACGCAGCCUCUCUCGUCCAGUAUCUAGCUUCGGACGAAGCCCGAAAAAACGUGCAUGACUUGCUGCGGGACAUCAGCUUCACGCUGGGCCAGCGACGUACGCAUUUCGCGCAGUCCCGGCGGGCGAUUGUGGCCCGGUCCCAAGACGAACUGCGAGAGCGGUUGCUGGAGAUUGCCGCCGAUGUCUCGGCGAAACGGAGCGGACCGAGCUUGAAAGGAGAUGUGCCUGUCCCCGGGCUGGUCUUUACGGGCCAAGGCGCUCAACAUGCAGGUAUGGCCACCGGGCUCCGGCGCUUUCAACCCUUCGCCACCGCCAUGGAACAGGCGUCGCGGUGCCUCGCGAAACUCGGAGCGCCGUGGUCGAUCGAGGAGGAGCUGGCCCGGUCGGGGGACGACUCGCGCAUCGACGACGCGGAAAUCUCCCAGCCGGCGUGCACCAUCGUCCAGCUCGGCCUAGUCCGGCUUCUCCGCGCAUGGGGCGUGGCACCGGCGGUCGUGGUGGGGCAUUCCAGCGGCGAGAUCGCGGCCGCGUUCGCCGCGGGCCUCGUCUCGUUCGACACGGCGGUCGCCCUCGCGUACUACCGCGGCCGGGUAGUGGUCGCUCUGCAGGCGGCCGCGCGUGAGGAGGAUGCCGCGCUGCUCCGUGGAGGUAUGGUCGCCAUCGGCGUCGGAGAGGAGGACGCCGAGAGGCUCGUGGCCGAGACUCUUGGACCGGACGACGAUCGUGGCAGGGUGACCGUCGCGGCCGUGAACAGCCCUUCGUCCGUCACCCUGUCCGGAGACCAAGAGGCCCUCCAGGCCGUUGAGGAGCGAGCCGAGCAGCAAGGGCUGAACCCCCGAAGACUCAAGGUCGGCGUUGCGUAUCACUCCCAUCACAUGCAGACGGUGGCCGACUCGUACAGGGCUCUGAUCGAGCCUCACUGCCGUGGUCUGGGUCCGAAUGCGGGUCCGAGUCCGGAUGCGGGUGCGGGUCCGAGUGUGGAUCCUGGGCCGGGAAAGGCCGCUCGACCGGCGGCGGACGCCUCCUCCCACCCUCGGGCGGUUUUUGUCUCCUCCGUUACCGGCCAAGUCGAGUCGGAUAUCGACGCUUCCUACUGGGUGCGCAAUCUCGUCCAGCCGGUGCGGUUUUCGGACGCGCUCAAACGGCUGAUGAGUCUCCGUCACGGCGAGCAGGGCAAACAUGCCAACCUCCUAGUCGAAGUUGGGCCUCAUCCGGCGCUCAGAGGUCCCGUCCGACAGACUAUCGAUGUCCUGUUGCGAAGUAACUCUCCCCAGUUGAAUGAUGGAGGAGGAGCACCAGCAGAAACACCAGCAGCACCAGCACCAGCACCAGCUCAGGUGCCGUAUCUCGCCUCGUUGCAGCGAGGGACCCCCCCCGUUGCAGCCCUCUUGGACUUGGCCAGCCGCCUCUUCGAAGCGGGAGGAGUCGUCGACGACGACCUGAAGUGGGAGCACAUCAACCAGACCACGCGGUACAACGCGAAGCUCGUGACGGACCUGCCCGCCUACGCCUGGAACCACGAGACGACCUACCUGCAGCGGCCGCGCAUCGCGGCGCAGAAGCUGUUCGGCGGCACGCCGUACAACGCGCUCCUGGGCGGGCGGACGGCGCACUGCGAGGGGGACGAGCACUCGUUCCGCAACGUCUUCACGAUGGACGACCUGCCGUGGCUGCGGGACCACGUCGUCGGCGGCGACGUCCUGUUCCCCUUCACCGGCUUCCUGGCCCUGGCCCUCGAGGCUGUGCGCACCGUCACCACGACGCUUGCGACUGGCUGUGGCGGCAGCAGCGGCAGCGGAAGCGGCAGCAACAUCACACCGGAGAGCAUGAUAAUCAGGGAGCUGACCGUGAGACGGAGCCUGAAGAUUGUCGAGGACCAGCGCGUCGACGUGACCACCAAGCUGAGACCGCUCGACCCCGGGAACGACGCCAGCUCGGCGGCGAGGUCGUCAUCGCCGGGCUGGAGCUUCGACAUCUUGUCGUGGUCGGAAGAGAACGGCUGGACCUCGCACUGCCGCGGCUGCAUCGCGGUCGAUCAUGAGCCGCUGAGCCCGAGGAGCUUCGUCGUCUCCGAGGCCGAGGAGGCCCUCGAUCGCCUGAUGAUGAAGAACAACAGAGGCCCCGGACCGACGAGGCUGGAUCCGGCCAAGGAGUACCGCACGGCGGCCGGCUCCGGCACGGCGUACGGCCCCGAGUUCGCGACCAUGACGGAGCUGUGGGAGGGUCCGGACCACGAUGUCACUACGCACGUCACCGUCUUGCGCGCGGAUGCCCUGACGCCCCCGUCGUCUUCUCACUCCCUCUCCCUCUCCCCCGUGACCGUCGAUCCGCCCACCCUCGACUCCUUCUUCCACGGCAUCCACAUCCUCCACGAACGCGCCGACGGCGUGAGGGGCGUCUACGUGCCGACCAACGUCUCGCGGCUCCGCGUGUCGAACCGCAUUCGGGCCGAGGCCGGCCAAGCCUUCACCGUCGUAAGCCGCGUGCUCGACCACAGCCGGCAGAACGGCCGGAUGGACUUCAGCAUCGUCGUCUUCCAGGGGUCCCUCCUUGACGACGCCGGUGAUCCCGGACAUGCCAGGAUCCCCGUCUUGGAGAUCGACAGGGCGACGAUCAAGCGCGUCCGGCAGCCGACGGCCGAGAGCAUCGUGGCCGGCAUGCCCGCCAGCUACGCCGAGCGUCUCGUGCCCCACGUCGGGCUCGUCGACGGUGGCGCCCUGGCGACGAUGCUCUCGGCCGACUUCUCCCUCGAGCACGACCAGCUCGAGAAGCGGCGGCUGGGGAACCAGGUCGCCUGCGGCUACAUGGCGUUGGCGCUGCCGCAGACGGCCGACGACGACCUGACGAACCUGCCGUCGCACCUCAUCAAGAUGAGGUCCGCCGUGCGCAAGUUCGCGAGCACAUGGCCUGGUCUUUCCCAUAGUCUUGCCCAAGGAUCUACUGAUACAACUACUGCUGAUACUACUACUACUAUUACUACUACUACUGACGGCGCCCCGUUGUCCCUGGCCUCCCUCCGACCCCUCGCGGACGCCAUCGGGCCCGCCGGCACGCUGCUGCGCAUCAUCGGCGAGCAGCUGGUGCCCAUCAUGCGUAACGAGGUCCAGUCGCUGGAGCUGAUGAUGCAGGACGGCCUGCUCUGGCGGCACUACCAGGACGAGGCCGCCUUCCGGCGCGGCAACCAGGCCAUGGCGAGGUUCGCGCGCGUGCUGGCGGCGACGACGCCCCGGCUGCGCAUCCUUGAGGUCGGCGGCGGCACGGCCGGCACCACCGAGCCGGUCCUCGACGCGCUGUCUUCGCCCGACGUCUUCCCCUUUGCCGAGUACGUCUUCACCGACAUCUCCCCCGGCUUCUUCGACAAGGCCCGGGCCAAGCUGGCGCGGUGGUCCGACCGCGUGACGUUCGACCGGCUCGACAUCUCCAAGGAACCCGCCGCGCAGGGGGCCGCGUUCGCGCCGGGCUCCUUCGACCUCGUCGUCGCCUCGCUCGUCCUGCACGCCACGCCCGAUAUCGCCGUGAGCCUGUCGCACGUCAGAAGCCUCCUCAAGCCCGGGGGACGCCUCCUGAUGCUGGAGAGCAUGCACAUGGCGCCCCUCGACCUCGCCUACCUCGGGCUCCCCGGCUGGUGGCUCGCCGAGGACGCGUACCGGGCGUCGGGGGAGCCUCUCGUCGGACAGGAGGUAUGGCAUCGCGCCCUCCGGGACAGUGGCUUUACCGGCAUCGACGGCGCUGUCGAGGACUACCCCGGCCACCCCGAGCGGAAUGUCACGGCCAUAUGGUCCACGGCAGUAGAUGAUGCAGACAAUAAGCCUGGGCCUGGGCCUGGGCCUAAGCCUGAGCAUAAGCCCGAGCCUAAGCAGCCGACGGCCGGUGUGGACAACGAGACCGGCGGCUAUCUUCAAGGUCCAGCCCGAGUGACCGUCUGUGGCUUUUGGGGAGGAGGAGACGACGACAACGACGAAGAUACCCGGACGCGAGAGUUCGCCGAGCGAGUGUCUCGUGAAGUGGGCGAGCGGUUGUCGUUGAAGUCGUUCAAGUCGUCGCCGCCGCCGCCAGUCCAACGACUCUCCGAGUUCCAGGCGGACGCGGAGACCUACUGCAUCUUCGUCGACGGGCUCCGCCGCAGCGUGUUCGAGGACCUGACGGCGAGCCGCUUCGAGGAGUUGAAGGGCAUGCUCGUCGAGAGCGCCGGCGUCCUGUGGGUUUCUUCGCACCUCGCCCCGGCCGAGGCCGGCCUGGGCAAGGGGCUGCUGCGGUCUCUCCGCCACGAGAACCCGGACAAGAUGAUGGUCUUGCUGGAAGGCGCCAUCUUUGACGACGCCCACGAUGAUCGCGGUGACGACGACGACGACGACAAAGAAAACAGGGGCCAGUCGGCCAGGGCAGCGGCCAGGAUCGCCGUCGAGCACCUGAUCCCGGACGGGCCGGACCCGGCGAGAAAGCUCCUGCUCCGCCGGGACCAGGACCUCGUCCUCAAGGACGGACAGAUCCACGUCGUACGCCUCGCUGAGAUGGAAGCCUCCAGGGAGGUCUUCGCGGAGGAGCUGAUGGGCGCGGGCGCGGGCGCGGUCGUCGCCAAGGACGAGCAGCCGCUGCCGCAGGACGAGGCGGUCGAGUUGACGGUCUCGUCGACCGGCGACCUCGACGCCGUGUACUUCCGCCGGACGCCGCUCCUCGAGACGGAGCUGGCGGACGACGACAUCCUCGUCAGGGUCCAGGCGGCGUCGCUCAACUUCCGCGACGUGCUCGUCCUCCUCGGCUCGAUCCCCUGGUACGCGCCCGGCCGCGAGGGCGCGGGAGAGGUGCUCCGCGUGGGCCGCAAGGUCCGGUCCGUCGAGGCCGGCGACCGCGUCUUCUUCUACACGACGGACGCCGAGAGCAGCUUCGCCAACUUUGUGCGCAUCCCUCACCACCACGCGACGCGCGUGCCCUCGGCCCUGACCGUCGAGGAGGCUGCGUCGCUGCCCUCGGCCUACUACACCGCCGUCGCCUGCCUCGAGACCCUGGCCGGGCUGCAGCCGGGCGAGUCGCUGCUCGUCCACUCGGCGGCGGGCGCCGUUGGCCAGGUCUGCAUCCAGCUCGCGCAGCACGUGGGCGCGCGCAUCUUUGCCACGGCCGGCACGCCCGAGCGGCGGGAGUUCCUCCGGCAGACCUACCGGCUGACGGACGUCUUCGACAGCCGCACCGCGGACUUCCGCGACGAUAUCCUGCGGGCGACCAAGGGGAAAGGGGUGGACGUCAUCGUGAACUCGCUGAGCGGGCCCCUCCUCCAGGCGACGUGGGACCUCAUCGCCGAAGGCGGGCGCUUCGUCGAGAUCGGACGCGUCGACUUCCUCGCCAACAACCGUCUGGCCAUGCGGCCCUUUGACCGGAACGCCACAUUCAUGGGUCUGGACAUCUCCCGGCGACCCCCGGCCGAGCGGCGCAGGGCCAUGGACCGCAUCGUCGAGCUGCUCGAGCAGGGCGUCUUCCGGCCGCUGAGUCCGCUGACGCUGGUCCCGAUUUCGGAGCUGCCCAAGGCUUUGAGGAUGUUGCAGCAGGGCCGCAUCAUCGGCAAGGCCGUCGUCACGGUCUCGCCGUCGGACACGGUGCCGGUCGAACGACGGAGGCGGUUGGGGACUCCUGCUCUGGCUUCUUCUUCUUCUUCCCCUUCUUCUCUUUCUUCUCCUCCUUCUUUCUCUUCUUCUUGGCUCUCCUCCGAGGCCACUUAUCUCAUCACGGGCGGGACCGGCGGCAUCGGACGCUCGUUGGCGGCGUGGCUCCUCCGGAACGGCGCCGGCCACGUCCUCCUCCUCGGCCGCAGCGGCGCGACCCGUCCCAAGGUGGCCAGGCUGCUCGAGGCCUACCCGGGCUGUCUGCACGCUGUGGCCUGCGAUGUCGGGCAGCCGUCGGACCUCACGCGCGCUCUGGACGGGGUCGUCGCGAGCGCGGGUCUGCCCCCCGUGCGCGGUGUGAUACACGGGGCGCUCUACCUCCGAGAUGCCCUCUUCAGCAACACGUCCUUUGAAGACUGGCAAAACAUCACGGCACCCAAGGUCGCCGCCGCCUGGACCUUGCACAAACGCCUUCCGGACCUGGACUUCUUCGUCUCUCUGAGCUCCAUGACGGGCGUCUUUGGAACCCUCGGCCAGCCAGCCUACUGCGCAGCGUCGGCGUUCCUGAACUCGUUUGCGCGAUACCGCCUGGCCCGCGGCCUCCCCGCCAGCUCCCUCUGCCUGCCCCUCGUUGAGGACAUCGGCUACGUCGCCGAGUCGCUGGGCGACGAGGACGGCUGGCGGCGGUCGCUCGGCCUCACGCUGAGGGAGGAGCACAUCCACGCCCUCGUCAAGGGCGCCAUCGUCGCGCCGUCCGCCCUCUACGGCGCCGAUGACGGCCUCGGCCUGUCCUUCUGCUUCGCCGCCCGCGACAUCGACGUCGACGGGGGCGCCGCGCCGUUCCCGUGGAUGAACCAGAACUACUCCAUGGCCGUGAGCAACGGCAUCGCCGCCGCCGCUGCCGCCGGGGGGAAGGCCGGCCGAGCCUACAUGGCACGACGAGGAGCUGGCGGCGGCAGCGGCGGCGGUGGCGGCGGGGCUUCAAGGGCCGUGGAGAACCGGGACGUGCUCGCCGUUCUUACGCAAAAGGUCGCCGACAUCACCAUGAUGGACCACGAGGAGCUGGACCCGAACACCAGGUUGGAGGACUUGGGGCUGGACUCGCUCGUGGCGGUCGAGCUGCGGAACUUCAUCCGCCGCGAGUGGUCUGUCGAGCUCGGCCUCAACCAGAUUGUCGGCGGGGGCACCCUGGCGUCUUUGAUGGAGACUAUCCGGUCCUCCCAGGCCGAGUUUGCUGGGUGA